GUUCAUGGUAAAGCUGGCGGAGGAGACAGAUGGCAUCAUUGUCACCAAUGAGCAGAUUCACAUCCUGAUGAAUAAUUCCAAGAAACUGAUGGUUAAAGAUCGCCUACUGCCCUUCACCUUUGCGGGGAAUCUCUUUAUGGUACCAGAUGACCCCCUGGGCCGUGAUGGCCCCACCUUGGAUGAGUUUCUGAAGAAGCCAAACAGGUUGGACACAGACAUUGGCAACUUCCUGAAGGUGUGGAAGACCCUUCCUCCCAGUUCAGCUAGCAUGUCUGAGUUGAAUGAUGAUUCUGACCCUGGGCCUGUGGAGGAUCUGCAGAACAUGGAAGAGGUCAGAGAGGAGAAGGAGGAAAGGCAGGACCAGGAGCAGAGUGAGGGGGAGGAGAUGCCGAAGCCAGCUGAGGAGAACCUUGAUUCCUCCCUGGCAUCGGUGUUCAGAGUGGAGUGCCCUUCCAUUUCAGAGGAAAUCCUCCGGUGCCUCAGCCUCCAUGAUCCCCCCGAUGGGGCCCUAGAUAUUGAUCUCCUGCCGGGUGUGGCUUCUCCCUACUUGGGCAUCCCCUGGGAUGGGAAGGCUCCUUGCCAGCAGAUUCUCACCCAGCUGGCCCAGCUCACCAUCCCCAGCAACUUCACAGCGCUCUCCUUCUUUGUGGGGUUUAUGGACUCUCACCGGGAUGCCAUUCCUGACUAUGAAGCCCUUAUGGGUCCCCUGCAUAGCCUCCUCAAGCAGAAGCCAGACUGGCAGUGGGACUGGGAGCACGAGAAGGCCUUUCUGGCCCUGAAGCGAGCCCUAGUGUCUGCCCUCUGCCUGACAGCUCCCAACUCCCAGUUGCCCUUCCUCCUGGAGGUGACAGUGAGCCAAGUGGCACUGACAGCCAUCCUUCACCAGGAGCACUCGGGAAGGAAGCACCUCAUCGCCUAUACCUCAAAGCCCCUCCUGCCCGAUGAGGAUAGCGAGGGCCCCCAGUCAGGGGGGGACAGCCCCUAUGCGGUGGCCUGGGCUCUUAAGCAUUUUUCCUGCUACAUCGGUGAUACCCCAGUGGUCCUGGAUCUUUCCUAUGCCUCCCGGACCACUGCAGACCAAGAGACACGGGAGAGCCUCAGGGUUUCCAAAGCAUGGUUGAUCCGAUGGUCCCUCUUGGUACAGGACAAAGGCAAGAGGUCUCUGGAAUUGACCCUUCUCCAGGGAAUGCUGGGGGAAAACCGACUGCUGACACCUGCUUCCUCAAUGCCUCGUUUCUUCCAGGUUCUGCCUCCUUUUUCUGACCUGUCCACUUUUGUCUGCAUCCACAUGUCAGGUUAUUGCUUUUACCGCGAUGAUGAAUGGUGUGCUGGCUUUGGUCUCUAUGUCCUGUCUCCCACAAGCCCCCCUGUCUCCCUUUCCUUCUCCUGUUCUCCUUACACACCUACCUAUGCCCACCUGGCAGCUGUGGCCUGUGGCCUGGAGCGCUUUGGCCAGUCCCACCUUCCUGUGGUUUUCCUUACCCACUGCAACUGGAUCUUCAGCCUUCUGUGGGAGCUCCUGCCCCUCUGGAGAGCCCGGGGCUUCCUCUCCUCUGACGGGGCUCCACUACCUCACCCAAGUCUGCUCUCCUAUAUUAUAUCACUCACCUCUGGUCUCUCAUCCCUUCCAUUUAUCUACCGAACCUCCUAUCGGGGCUCUCUCUUUGCUGUGACAGUGGACACACUGGCCAAGCAGGGUGCCCAAGGUGGUGGACAGUGGUGGAAUUUGCCAAAGGAUGUGCCAGUCCCUGUAGUGACUCCCUACGCUAUGAGCAAGAAGCCCAACUUGCUAGCAUUGCAGCUGAGUGACAGCACGCUGGCUGAUAUCAUUGCCAAACUGCAGGCUGGGCAGAAGUUAUCUGGCUCCUCCCCCUUCAGUUCUGCCUUCAGCUCACUCAGCCUUGACCCAGAGAGUGGUCUCCUUAUGUUCAAGGGAGAUAAAAAGCCCAAGGUCUGGGUAGUCCCAAGGCAACUUCGUAGGGAUCUGAUUUUCUCUGUGCAUGACAUUCCCAUGGGGGGCCACCAGAGGCCAGAAGAAACUUACAAGAAGUUGCGGUUGCUAGGCUGGUGGCCUGGGAUGCAGGAACAUGUGAAAGAUUACUGCAGGAGCUGUUUGUUUUGCAUCCCCCGAAAUCUCUCAGGUAGUGAGUUGAAGGUUAUUGAGUCCCCAUGGCCCCUCAGGUCGACAGCCCCUUGGGCAAACCUGCAGAUUGAGGUGGUGGGACCAGUCACUGUAAGUGAGGAAGGCCACAAGCAUGUGCUUAUUGUGGCUGACCCCAACACCCGCUGGGUAGAGGCAUUCCCACUGAAGCCCUACACGCACACGGCUGUGGCCCAGAUGUUGCUUCAGCAUGUGUUUGCAAGGUGGGGUGUUCCUGUGAGGCUGGAGGCAGCCCAGGGCUCCCAGUUUGCCCGGCAUGUCCUGGUGAGUUGUGGGCUUGCCCUGGGAGCCCAGGUAGUCACCCUGAGUAGGGAUCUUCAGUUCCCCUGCCUAGUGAGCUCAGAGGCCUACUGGGAAUUCAAGAGAGCCCUGAAGGAGUUCAUUUUCCUGCAUGGCAAGAAGUGGGCGGCCUCUUUACCCUUGCUACAUCUGGCCUUCAGGGCCUCGUCCAUGGAGACUACGCCAUUCCACGUCCUGACUGGGGGUGACAUGAGGCUGACUGAACCCUUGUGGUGGGAGAUGAGCAGUGCAAACAUUGAAGGGCUCAAGAUGGAUGUUUUCCUGCUUCAGCUGAUUGGGGAGCUGCUGGAACUCCACUGGAAGGUGGCUGAAAAGGCAAGUGAAAAGGCUGAGAACCGGCGUUUUAAGCAGGAGAGCCAGGAGAAGGAGUGGAAUGUGGGUGAUCAGGUCCUCCUAUUGUCCCUUCCCAGGAAUGGCAGCAGUGCCAAAUGGGUGGGGCCCUUCUAUAUUGGGGACAGGCUGAGCCUGUCACUCUAUAGGGUGUGGGGCUUUCCAACCCCAGAGAAGCUGGGGUGCAUCUAUCCCAGUAGUCUGAUGAAGGCCUUUGCCAAAAGUGUCACACCCUUGUCCUUUAAGGUCUUUGAGCAGUGAGCUAGGGUAGAGGGGGAGCCCCUUGCCCCAGGCAGUGCUCUGCUGCUAGGCCUCCCCCUGCUCCAGGAAGUGCUCUCAGCCCUUGGAGGCCCUCAGUUGUGCCUUUUGUAGAGAAAUUGCUUCAUAAGGCUUUGAAGAAUUGCCUUGACCUAGGGAUGAGUGUCCCUGCAGAAAUAUCCCCAGCUUGGGGUAUUCAGAGAUUUGCUAAAACCUGUCAAAUACGGGCCUCUGGCAGUUUUAUACUAGGGAGUAGAAAGACCCCUUCUAAAGUAGGCCAGGCUCAGUCUCCUCCAAGUAUCCUCUUCCCCCUUCACACAUAUACAGGUGUGUGGUGUGUGUGUGACCUCUUCCCAUUUUACACCAGGCUGGCUAAACCAUGAACCUCUGUGGCUCUGGACUCAAUUGGAACCAUAGUCCUCUUCCAGACAGAAACCUCCUCAAUUUCUAUAAAUUUGGAGAGUCUUGGUCCUUGGAGUUGUCACUGACAUAAACCUACAUGGGCUGUGGGAGGCAGCUGCCUCCCUAGCUGCCUGGUCAGCUUUCUUAGGCCAGACUUGGCCUUUCUGGUCAUUAAGAAAGAGCUGCAAUCUUCCCAGGCCUUGAGGGCAGUGGCUCAGGGUGGGAGGAUGACCAGCCAUGAGCUACCCAUUUAUCAGCAUGGGAAAGAUGGGAUGGGGGGGGAUGGGGUGGCCUACCUCAUUUGACUCCAGCUGAUGGAGACAACUCCAGACUCCUGCUGUGAUGCUGUCAACCCCUCAGAAUCAAGGGUCUGAUGCCAAGCAUGGCAUCUCCACCUGAAGAGCUGCUUCUACCAGACCAAGGGCCUCUGCCUCAGUUUCAAGUGGGGGAGGUGUCUGAAGUGGGUGGUCUGGCACAGCCAGAUGCUCCCAACCCUUCCAGCCCUACCCCAAAGUCCACAGUCCUCUACACCUUCUGUCUCCACUGUUCCCUGCCUCCCUAAACCAUACAUAGUGUGAUUGUUUUGUCUGGCUCACCCUGUAGUCCUUUGGAUCUGCCUUCUGUGUAGAGUGAAAGCCGAGCUCUCUCAGAAGUACUCUGCAAAGAUUACUCUCACAGCGAGAGUGGGUUUCUCAUAGGGGUAUGUGUGUAUAUACUCAUCCCUCUGAAUUGCUGCUGUUGCUGACCAGCUACAUAGGUGAGGCCAGCACCCUGUCUCUGGUUGGGCUCUUUUAGUAGCUCAUUUCUCUAGGCACUCAGCCAGUUUUCUGGCCCAGCUCAGAUUUCCAGAACUCUUGGCAUUGCAGAGAGCUGGAGCCAGAGGAGAAAUUGCCAUUGAGUCCAACUUGCUUGUUUUAUAGUAGAGGAUAGAGGCCCAGAGAGGGAAAAUGACUUGCCCAAAGUGACACAGCCAGUUGGUGGCUAAGCUGGGACGAGGAUUAAGCUUCCUGACUCAGUUAACCAUGAAAAGCAUUCUGGCAACAGGUUCAACAAGAGAACCAUUCAAAAUCCUGUACCGAUAUUCCAUCUCCCCAUUUUUCAGCUCUUGUAGACAAACUACCUGGAUGUUAUCCUGAAACCAAUUCCAGCUGUUAACCCUGCCCAGGAGUGACUGAUGGGGUGAUAGCUGAGAAAUUGAAAGGUUAGUGGUAGGAUUUUUGCAUAUACUCCAUUUCCUCGCCCCACCCACCUGUGCUCCUUUUCCUUCUCUUCCUCCUCUUUAAUGUUGUGUCUAGCCACACUCUCCCUCCCUCCAGGCUGUGUGCAUUCCUAUUAGCUACACUUUUGAUCU